UUCAAUACUCAAUUUGAAGCCAGAAAUUUUCACCAGGAAAAAACAAACGUGAAAACCUAAGUUGAAAUGUGUGGAGGAGCUAUAAUAUCCGACGUGGCACCGCCGGCGUCGUCUCGCCGGCUCACUGCCGACCUGCUAUGGGGAAGCGCCGCCGCCGCCGCCGCCGCCGAUCUGAACAAGAAGAAAAAUACCGGGAACUAUCACUCGAAGCCGCUGAUAUAUCAGAAGAAAUUUCAUUUAUACGAAGAUUUUGAAGCCGAUUUUCAGGAUUUCCAGGAGAGCACUGUGACAAAAGCGUUCUCCUUCUCCGCUUCGGAAAAUCCUGAUUUUAAAGGUUUGAAAUCUGUUGACUCUGCUGAAUCCCAUGAAGAAAAGUCCACAAAGAGAAAGAGAAAGAACGAGUACAGAGGAAUCCGACAGCGCCCAUGGGGUAAAUGGGCCGCUGAAAUACGCGAUCCGUCAAAAGGGGUCCGUGUAUGGCUCGGUACUUUUAACACCGCUGAAGAAGCUGCUAGAGCUUACGACAGCGAAGCUCGUAAAAUCAGGGGCAAGAAAGCCAAGUUGAAUUUCCCCGAAGAUUCACCACUCUCUGCACCAAGACACACAGUUAAGGUGAACUCGAGAAAUGAUUCGAUUAACCCUAACCUGAAUCAGAACACAAGUUUUACGAACAUCCACAACAAUGAAUACUGUUUCUUGAAACCACUCACUCCUCUCUCCCAUGACCAAGGGAGUAAUUCGUUUGACUGCUCGGAUUUCGGCUGGGGAAGUACUAACUGUGAGAAAACCCCGGAAAUAUCGUCUGUUCUUACAUCUGUUGUCGUCGAGGAUGUUUUGUCGGUGUCGAAGAGAACAAAGGUGGGGACAGAGGAUUUGGGGGGGGCCACCUUUGAUGGUAAACUAACCGAUGAUCUAUCGGAAUUCGACUCACAGAUGAAGCUAUUUCAGAUGCCGUAUCUCGAGAGUAAUUGGGAUGCUUCUAUAGAUGCCAUUCUCAAUGGAGGGAAUGCAGUGGAUCUUUGGUCUUCAGACGAUGUUUUUUAAGGAGGACGAUCGAGCGCAAGAAUCGAGCUCGGUUAAGCAACAAGGAGCUUUUGCUGUACAUAGUAACUAUGUUUAAUCAGUGUUUUUUGAGACUUGGAAUUUAGGAUUAAUUUUUUGAAUUAUGUCUGUAUGGAGUAUGUAAUAAUUAUUAAUAUUAAACUUCUGAUGAUGAUUAUGGUUGAUUAUGUAAUAACUAUUUACUUGGUUUU